ACGGGGAAAGUCAAGAGACGAUCGUGAAUUGACAAAUUUCAGGAAUUGGGAAGGAUUCUGUCUUGUUUGUGGCCAGGGAUAGAAACAAUCAAGGCAAAAUGUCUAUUAUGUCAUAUAACGGCUCGGCCGUUGUGGCCAUGAUAGGGAAAGACUGCGUUGGGAUCGCGUCAGAUCGGCGGUUUGGUGUACAAGCUCAGACCGUCUCGAUGAACGCACAGAAAAUCUUUGAGAUGGGACCAAGGCUGUAUUUGGGAAUCUCCGGGCUAGCAACCGAUAUAACCACAGUAUCCAACAGAUUAAAGUUCCGUCUGAACCUCUACACAUUGCGAGAAAAUCGAGAUGUGAAGCCCGAGACGUUCAUGAGUAUGGUGUCAAAUCUGCUGUACGAGAGGAGGUUUGGGCCAUACUUCAUUGAACCAGUGAUUGCCGGCCUGGACCCCAAGACCUACAAGCCGUUCAUCUGCAAUCUCGAUCUGAUCGGGUGUCCCAUGUUCACGGAUGAUUUUGUCGUCGCAGGAACCUGUACAGAACAGCUCUAUGGCAUGUGUGAAUCUCUCUGGGUUCCAGAUCUUGAACCUGAUGAUUUAUUUGAGACCCUGUCACAAGGUCUUCUCAAUGCUGUUGAUAGGGACGCAUUAGCAGGAUGGGGAGCUGUAGUACAUAUAAUAGAGAAAGACAAAGUGACGACACGAGAGGUUAAAGCCCGGAUGGACUAGCAUUCCCGUCUCUUUCUGUCUUCAUUUUCUAUUAUGUUUGUAUUUGUCUUAUGUACAUAGUAAUUCUUUUCUGCUUAUUCACUGAAGAAAGUGGUCCCUGUGCCACAAAGAGUUAGGAUUAAUCCAAUCAAUCGUAACUAUGGAAAUCCAUCAGUGUCCUUAUUUUUUCUACAGGAAAUUUGAACAAUGUCCUUAGUAAACAAAGAGAAGCACAGCGAAUUUUCAAGGAAGAAAAGGAAUGCAUGAUAUACAUCAUAGUUCGAAAAUAUUUGGAACAAACGUGCAUUAUAAAUGUUGAUGUUGCUGGCCGUCCAUAGUUGUGAUUGAGCGGAUCAAUCGCAAUGUCUUUGAAAGCGGGCCCCUGACCUGCACUUGUGCUUUAACAUUUAUGCCACUGUCGCACCAGCAAAACUGACUGCAGUGCCCCUGUUUGACAAAUAGUUACGAUCGAUCCGAUCAAAUCACAACUAUGGAAAGCCAGCAACGCCAAUAUCUAAAAUGCAUGUCUGUUAAAAUAUUUUCUAUGGAUGAUGUGUAUUCAUACAUGGUGCAAGCUUCCUGUAUGAAAAAUUACAACAUUGAUGGAUUUCUAGAGUUUAGGUUGAUCAGAUCGAUCGUAGCUCUUUGUAAGACGGGACCCAGAUUGAGCAAAGCUAUUAUUGGUACCCAGUAAAUUGUGUUCUUAUGGGCCUGUCACAUUGUUCCGUGCAAGCCUUGCGGGUGAUUGCCCACAGCUCACCCACAACAAAGUUUUGAGCAUGUUCGAAAUUUUCCUGCGUGCAAAUCAGACUUCGUUAGACUUGAGUGGGUAACUGCAUGUGAGAUGUAUGCGAGAUACUGUCAAUGCGGGCGACCUGUUGGUGACGCGCGGUUCGCAAAGAUAGUUACCCGCAAGUCACGUGCAAGGCUUGCAUGGAACGAUGUGACAGGGCUUUAAUAACAUACCAUCGGUUGGUUUGGAGUCUGUUUCAUUGGUGUGACUGUAACACUACUGUGGUAUAAAUCAUUGAAAAUGAUAAUAUUUACAUGACAUGCAAGUUUCUCCAUGUUUCUAUUUAAUGUGCGAAGUAUGUGCUUCAUCUUGUGUCCCUGAUAAUGCAACAUGCAGUUUCACAGUAAAAUCCUUCCCCUCCCCCCCCUCUAGUCUGUUGUGUAAGACCUCUUGAGUUAAGAAGUCUGAAUGCACAGCCUACAAUGACUUGGUUAGUGAAGGCCCUCUGCAACAGCAAGUGUUAUAUGUGCUAGUCUUGCGUGCAGACUCGCUUAUUGAUCAAACCAUCUAUUAGGGUCUGUGCCUGCAGACUAUCCCCCUCCGUCUUAUCUUGACAAACUGAUGGGAAAUAUGUUCAGCUUAGGGUCAACUUGUUAAGCUAGAAAUUUUUCCGGUCGCCUCUAAGGAUUUGUAUGAGUUGGUAAUGUUUCAUUAAUAAAUUUCCUAUUGAUUAUACGUAUUGGAGUUAUACUGUAUUCUGAAAGAUGUAUCUUUGAUCAUUAGAUUCCAGGCCAAAAAAAGAGAGAAAUAAUAUAGUUUAAACAAAGUUCACCAGCAAUAAUAUGCUUCCUUUGACCUUGUAUCAGUUUAUCCCCCGGUAUCCCCCCCACCGUCAAAUACUGUAUGGGGUGUGAUCAACUUAUGAAAGAUUUUAAUCACUGGGUCUGACUUCAUUUCACUGUCAGGGUUUGAACUUUGAUUUAUAACCUCUGUUGUAAGUUGAUAUAUUUGCUAAAUUGUUGUGAAUGCAAGAACAAGGCAGAUAUUUACCCCCCCCCCCCACUCACCAAUAUUCUCACUAAUCUACACAGCAUAAGAUGUAAGUGCAUGUAUAGUUAAACUGCUUGUGCUUUACAUGUAAUGCUUAGUGAGCACUGAGCCAUGAUUACAUAGAAUUCUCAAAGUCACAGUUGGCCCAAACCAAGACAAGGCUCAUUCUUCACAUCCAGUGCUGGUUUGCAGUUCCCAGUUGGACGUGUUCACCAAUGCCUUUUCAAGGGCAGCUAGGCCAAGUUCUUAUUCCAGUCUAAUAAUAAUGCUCGUUUUGGAUCAUAUUCAGUGUUUCAAAAUGUAAUGGUGAAGACACUCUGCCUCGGGAUGGUUUCUAGAGUGUCGAUGUAUCCUCGGUGGAUAAAUGUGGAAUAUGUAAUAAAUACAUUGAAAAUGA